AUGCUCGGACAGUGUACCGGCGACGGGGAGCGCCCGGGCCUCCCGGGCGACGGCGAAGGCGGAGUCCCGGCCCGGCCAGGGAGGCGCGCGCAGAGGCCCCCCCAGCGGCCCGCCAAGAUAAACAAGGCCGUGACGUGCGCCACGCACUUACCGGGAGCUGCGGCCUCGCGGCCGCUGAGCCCAAACAAGCCAGACCGGGUCAGGCCGGGCCAGAGGGACCGCAAUAGGUCGAAGCGGCAGCGCAGGCAGCGGGCCGACGCCGGUCAAGCCCGCGCUGCUUCCUCCAGAAGAGUCGUCCCCGCAGCUCCGGAAGUGCUUGGCGCCGUUGCGUCACUUCCGGAUCGGGGUCGACCCACGGUCGCUUGGGUCGCGACAGGCUCCUGGCUAGAGGGCCUGUUUAGCGCCGCCUCUCUGAAACUUAGCCCUCUGACCCAGAGUCUGACCAGGGUACGGCAGGCGCCGACCGCGUCUGGAGCCACCAUUCGCUUACCAGUGUCUCCCGUCGAGAUGUUUUUAACCAGCGCGUUUCUCACCGGCUUCUCAUUUCACUGUUUGUACUCUGGGAUCGGGCACGGAGAAGACAUCCUGGUGUCCGUGGAGCAGAUAAGAACCAUUGUUUCCCGGCCGCUAUCUGGUCAGAGGGAAGCUGGGCCGGGAAUUUCUGCCUACACCCCGAGGCGGUCGCUGGAUGGCCCCAGAGCCGCAACCACACCAGGCCUUCGCUUCCCCUGCCGAGGCCUCGUUCGCUGCCCAGUUCUCCGACUUACGGUCACCGUGCAAGAUUGCAUCUUAACUGCCUUGCUUGCAGUUUCUUUUCACAGUAUAGGAGUUGUCAUCAUGACUUCCAGUUACCUUCUGGGACCGGUUGUCAAAUGGUGUGGCUAGAGACGGAGGCUCACUCAGAUUGUUG